AUGGUUCUUGAAACAUCCCUCAAGGGCUGUCAUGUCUUGAUAACAGGAGGCACACGGGGCAUGGGAGAGUGUAUGGUCCAGCAUUUCCUUCAGGAAGAGGCCAAUGUCUCCUACUGUGCCCGAACAGUCACCAACACCGAGUUCAGUGAGUUCUACAAAACGCUCCCUGCGGAGAAUUCUGCUCGGGCCGUGGGAACCGCCCUGGAUGUAGGCAACAAAGAAGCCGUUGUGAAUUGGGUGAAGAGUUCUGCAGAGCGAUUAGGACGUAUUGAUGUGGUUAUCGCUAAUGCAUCACCCAUGCACAUGGAAGGAGAAACCGAGCAUUGGCAAAGCAGCUUCUCAAUCGAUGUCAUGGGCUUCGUCGAACUCGUCAAGGCGACAAUCCCAUACCUCGAAAAAUCUUCACAAGCAUCUAUCAUUGUCCAAAGCUCAUUUAUGGGUCGUGAAUUCUACCGCAGUCCUCCAGCACCAUACGGACCCUGCAAAGCGGCUCAAUUACAACAUGUCCAGGAACUGUCUCAUUUUCUGGGACCCAAAGGUAUACGAGUCAAUGCUAUAUCGCCCGGUCCAAUUCUCUGCAAGGGGGGUCCGUGGGAGAAGUAUUCUGAGCUUAUGCCGGAAUGGGUGGAGGAGCAGCGGUUGAAGGUGCCCUUGAAGCGACUUGGGGGUCCUGAGGAGGUUGCUAAAGUAGCAGUGUUUCUGGCUAGUCCUUUGGCGAGCUAUGUAACCGGGACUAAUGUACUGGUAGAUGGUGGUAUUCAUGUAGGCACGCAAUUCUAG